GUACUUAGGGCAACUAAAAUCUUAUGUACGUAAUAAAGCACGACCAGAAGGCUCUAUAGCAGAAGGCUACCUUAUGCAAGAGAUUCUUACAUUUUGUUCAAGGUAUUUAGAUAACAUUGAGACAAGAUGGAAUCGACCUGGUCGUGUAGAUGAUGAGCCAUAUGAUAGACAAUCUCAAUCACAAGUAGGUUGUUUCACAAAAAUUAUAAUUGGGAGAUUUCUAUGGAGGAAAACUGUCAGAUGCACCCACCAGAGAUUGACCCAGACCAUUGGAGGCUUUUUGUACAAUUUCGGACGAGUUCUAAACAAAUGGACAUAUCUGAUAAAAAUGCAACAAACCGUGAAAAGUUAUUGAUCCCACACACUCUAGGAUCAAAGACAUUAGCAAGAAAAAGGGAUGAGUUGGAAGUGCAAUAUGGACGACGUUAUAGUAGAGGAGAUAUGUAUCCUAUUGCUCAUAAAAAGAAGGAUGGAUCAUUUGUGAACGAAGAUGCUAGACAAAAAUAUGAACAAUUGCAUAAUGAAAUUCAGGAGACUUCUUCUGAGAAUGAGGCAUUCUUGAAAGUGUUUGGAAAGGAGCAUCCAGGAUAUGUUCGAGGCAUGGGACUUGGGGUUACUCCAACUCAAAUCAUUGGAUCAUAUUCUUCCUCUACGAGGUCAGGAUCUUCAUCAGAUGCAGCCACGAUAGCACAAUUGCGAUCUGAAGUUGAAGUACUUAAGGCACGAGUUGGUGAAGUUGAUGUUUUGAAGGAACAAUUAGCUUUCCUUAUGCAAAUUGUUAAAGGAAAUCAGGCAACUGAAUUGGAAUCUCCAGCAGAUUUGAGACGUUCUUCUCAGUCUAGCCAUAUUCCUGAAGAUAAUGGAGGAUCAUCAUGAGAGACUAUUUAGAUAUUUGCUUCAAUUUUAGUUUGUUAGGAGCUUUUAGGACCAUCUUUAUAUUUUUGUUGUUUUUAUGUGCCUAAGUUUCUUAAACUUAAGGACCAUUUCUAUGUUUGAAAGAUGCAAAUCUAUUAUGUACUAAAUUUGGAUUUAAUAUCUUUAUUUAAUGAAUGACAUUUUUAUUUGUA